ACAAAAGUUAUGUUGGUGACAGUGGAGAAAAUGGCCGUGCAUAUCUAUGCCGCAGAGUUUACAGAUUCCAGCAAGAGAUAGAUUCGCGUGUCGCCAAUAGAACUCGUCAAAAUUAUACCCGCUUGUGUCUUAAGUAGUGCGUAAUUCUCUCUUUUCCUUGGACGAAUCUCCCGUAACAAGAAGCACAAGAUCUAAGUUGACGGCAACUACAUACAUUCCGGUGGAUUUUGCAGCUUGACGGAGAGAGGGAAAGCAGUGUGUCGUGUCCAGAACUUCCAGACUAAUUGCUUUAUCACGUGAAACAGAAAACACUUGAUUUCAAUAUAUAUUGCAUAUAUAAUUAUUGAAGAGCAAUGGGUCGUCCUCAUUUUAUCUGUGCUCGAAACAGUUUGAUCAUAACGACAAUCAAUUAAGAAGUGUGAUUUAAAAUUUAAAACAAAAAUGCGGGAGUGGUACGGCACGGUCCCUUGGUAUCUGGCAGGGAUCUGAAACAAAUAUCUGUGUUUUUGAUGCAAUAGAUAUUAAAAUAAUAUGAACUGUAUAAAGCAAUACAUUGUUUUAAGUAUAUUGCUUAAUGAGUUGGAAAGGAGAAAUGAGCUCUUUUGAGCAUUGAAUAAAGUAACAUUUUAUGAAUUUAAUAUACUCUUGUAAUCAAAGAGUAUUUACGAUUGAAGAGCAUCUUUACAUACACACACACGUGUGUAUGUACACAUGUACAUAAAUUGUAAUUAAUAAGUUCAGUUUGAGUUUAUGUGUAAAAAUAUAUUAAACAGUGCAACUACCAAAAUGUCAUUCUUAUCAAAUCUGAAGAAAGCAUUCCACUUUGGUGGUAAUGAUGCAAAGAAGAAGAAGUUGUUUAACAAUAUUAAAAUGGACUGUAAUCCGGAGGAGUUUUGGGAAAUGGUUGGUGAACUAGGCGAUGGUGCAUUUGGUAAAGUUUAUAAGGCACAACACAAGCAGUCUAAUCAGCUCGCCGCUGCAAAAAUGUGUGCAUUAGAGGGAGAAGAUGAUCUUAGUGAUUUUAUGAUUGAAAUAGAUAUUUUAUCGGAAUGCAAACAUCCUAAUAUUGUUGAAUUACACGAAGCCUAUUUCAUCGAGGGAAAAUUGUGGAUGUUAAUCGAGUAUUGUGACGGUGGUGCUGUGGAUUCUAUAAUGGUCGAGUUGGAAAAGGCGCUGACUGAAAUGCAAAUAGCGUACAUUUGUCAGCAUAUGACUAAAGGUCUUGCUUUCUUACACAAAUCCAAAGUUAUACACAGAGAUUUAAAGGCGGGGAAUGUUUUACUGACUAUGGCGGGAGGUGUUAAACUAGCUGAUUUUGGAGUAUCUGCAAAGAAUAAGCAUACUUUACAGAAGCACGAUACAUUUAUUGGCACUCCUUAUUGGAUGGCACCCGAGGUUGUCUUAUGUGAAACAUUUAGAGACAAUCCCUAUGAUUUUAAAGUGGACAUCUGGUCUCUUGGCAUAACUCUAAUAGAGUUUGCACAAAUGGAGCCACCGAACCACGAAAUGUCGCCGAUGCGAGUGCUACUUAAAAUACAGAAAAGCGAUCCGCCGAAACUGGAUCAGCCCAGCAAAUGGAGUAAGGAAUUUAAUGAUUUUAUUGCUAAAACUCUUAUAAAGGAUCCGUCCUCACGACCUACAGCUGACGAUUUGCUAAAACAUCCGUUUAUAAGCCGAAAUUUAGAUCCAAAACCUGUCAGGGAUUUGUUGCUUGAAUAUAAGGCGGAUGUUGUUGAAGAGGAGCUCGUAGACGAGGAAGCAGAGGAGCAUCGCACGUCCCACCUUCCUUUGGAGUUGGAUCAAAUCACAGAUGACUCCGCUCCUACGCGUCUUGAUGCUGAAAUUAAAAUCACUGAUAAAGAAAAUAUCGCGACAUUGCCUACAUCUUUGAAGAAAGAGGAAAGUCAUAAGCGUGAGAUUAAUCGGGAUGGUGAGAAGGAGGACAAGAAUAAAAGAUUACGUAAGGCUGAAUCCAAAGAGAAUAUACAGCCUCCUUCUGCUGAAAAAAAGCAGGCACCUAAGCCACCAAAUGAAACAAGCGAGCGUAGAUUAUCUCGAGAUAAAGGGCCGGCACCUCCACCACCACCCAUGCGUCAAGAUAGCGAAGAAAAGAAAAAGAAGGACGUUGAAGGGAGAGAAAACGUUUCGAAGGAUGUCGAAAAGAUCGUAAACUUGACGGAUAAACAGAAAUCUGCCGAAGAUAAAUCGCAAAUAAAUAAAUUGCCGCAAAAUGAAAAAAUGGUGGAUCAAGUGACAAACGUUGCGGAACAAAGAAACUUGGAAACUGAAAAUCAGAUGCAAAAUGAAUUGGAUGGUUCCGGAAAAGUAAAGAAAAAUGAAAACGAAGAUAAUGUUAAACUGUUCGAUAAUAUAAGAAGGUUUGAAAAUCAGCAAAAGUUAAUAAACAGCAAAUCAAGUCUUUCUUCGAAAAAACAAUUCGGAGUAAAUGAGAAACGCAAAUCAGCACCUGUAAAGCCAGAAAUGAUUGAAGAUUUGUCGAAAAUAAUAUACAAACAAUCGUCUUUAGAAGAAAAGGAUAGGAUGAAAAGUAAAUUAUUAUCCGUUGAUGACGUAACGAAUUACGAUCUGCAAUCUCGAGAAAAAGAUUACAAGAGUUUAGAAGAAAAACGAAAAUCCGUUGGAGAGAAACUGAAUGCUGUACUGGAGAAGCAAUUGUCCAUGGAUGGAAAAAGAAUAAGCGACAGUCCUAUGGAAACGUUAAAGCAUACAUCGACUGUCGCAUCAUCGGAGAAGAAUAACGUUAAAGCUAAUUCUACAGAGGAUAUUAAGAUACAAUUUGGCUUGAUAAAGACUGAGAAUGCAACUUUGAAAAGUCGCAGCACGGGAUCGUCGAGAAACGAUUCCUUGGAAAGUUUCUCGGACGAAUUACACAUUAAAGUGGAUGACAAUAAGUCAGAAUACAAUCGAAAAGAUACGUUGAGCAAUGAUAAGAGUUUGGAAAAACAAGAUUCGGAAAUUAACGUGUCGGUAAUUACGUCGACGCCGCUAAAAAAUAAAAGCAGUUCGAGAAGAAGCAGCGGAGACAAUAUAGUCGUUAUAACUGGAAAAAGUCAAUCCGAGCAAGAGGUACGCUUAAACACUUCGACUGUUCGUAUUACUGCCGAUUUGCCGGACAUGUCGAAUAGUCUAGCAAGUAACAUAAGUCAAGUUACUGUCGUGACGACGCAUCCGCCCGUGCUAGUGGACGCGCCCUCGACGACGACGACGACGACGACAAUAACGACAACAACGACGACGUCUCUCUCGCGUCGCACUUCACCAACAUCGGAGGUCGUUAUUGUUGCCAAUGAAAUGAACAAGACUCAGGUGAAUGACAAUUCAAUUGUCGACGAUGAUGCAUUUCCUAGUCUGGAUAGUCUGGAAUAUACGCCGCAGGAACAGUCUAUCGUACUUACCGACGUGUCUAAGAGAAUUGGUAAAAAGUUGGAUGAGUCAGAGGUGAUUAUAGUGAGUCCAAUUGUAGACGAGUUGCAAGAUACCAGUCAUGUUUCUGUAGUUACGGUGGGUGAUGAUAAGGAACAAGUAAAGGACUCUUCGAGAUCCAAAAAGCACAACGUUAUUCGUACCGGUUCGUCCCAUAGCGAUCUGAGCUCGAACGAGAGAUCGAGCUUGAGGAGCGACAGCGGAGACGAGAGCAGCAAAGUGAUGAUCGCCAGUACGAUCGUAGAGCCUUCGGAAGCGGAUGACUACGAGAGAAAUGAAGCGAAGAAGAUAAACGGAUUAAUCAAGAAUGAGAUCGUGCCGCAUCACGUCGAUGAUAAAAUCGUAAAGACGAUCAAGCCGAAAGAGAUCAGCGUCAAGAGCUUUGGCAAAGAAAAACGAGUCUCUCCGGAUAGCUUCGAAGGUUCCAGGUCUCAAAGCGAUUCCAGUUCCAUAAGAUCGCAUACGCCGAGCAAGAGCAUCGAUCGCUCCGAUGCCGAAUCCAUCUCUACAACGAUCAGUCAGGAUAGCAGGGAAUCAAACAAGGAAAAUCGCUUGAAUCAAGCCCAGCACGCGGAGGUCGAUGAGGAAGUCGUACUGCGCCGUAAACCUGAUUAUAAUCGCGAGAUGUCUCGACCGACCAGAACGAAAGAGGAUAUACAAAUGAUGAAUUUGAAAAAGAAGACGAGAAAGCGUACGAGAAAGUUCGAGAUCGAUGGUGUCGUAGUUACAACGACGACUUCUAAGGUGAUAUACGGCGACGAUGAGAACGGCAAGGUGUAUGACGAUCAGAUAUUCAGGAAGCAAGAGCUGAGAGAAUUGAAGAUGUUGCAAAAGAUGGAGCAGAAACAAUUUCAGGAUUUGGCACAGAAAGCUCAGUUCAACAAGGAUCAGCAGGAAAAGCGAUUCGAACAGGAAAGGCAACUAUUGGAGCGUAAUGCUGAAGCGGAUUUGGAGGCGCUCGCUAGACAACAGAGACAGCAAAUCGAGCGGGCCGAAGCGCAGCAGGAAGUCGAUCUGCGACUGGCGUCCAAAAAAAUUCGUAGCGAACAGGAAAGGGAGCUCAAGCAGUUCCGAGAGGGUCUGAAACAAGAAUUGAGAUUAUUGAAGCAAGAGAUAGAUUUAAUGCCAAAAGAUAAGCGAAAAAGUGCGUUUAAGAUACGAAAGGAGAAGCUCGAGGCGGAGCACGAGGAGCGAGAGAAACUCUUCUUGGAGAAACUCAAUGAGAGCCACGAGAUAUCGCUGAGACGAUUGUCGGACAGUCAUCGCGAAAAGAUCGCAUUGAUGGAACGACAAUUCUUGCAACAGAAGCAGCAAUUGAUGCGCGGCAGGGAGGCGGCUAUCUGGGAGCAGGAGGAACGGCAAAUACAUGAGCGACAACAGUUACUCAAGAAACAGCUCAAGGAUAUAUUCUUCUUGCAGAGACAUCAGAUGCUCAUACGGCACGAGAAGGAAUUGGAGCAGAUGAAGCGAAUGAAUCAGAGGAAAGAGGAAGAAUUGAUCAAGCGACAGACGGUGGAACGUAGAAAUCUACCUAAGCGUAUUCGCAAUGAAAUGAAGGCGCGCGAAAUGAUGUUUCGCGAAUCGAUGAGAAUCUCGAUGUCAUCCGUACUCGCGCCGGAUCCCGAUGCCGAGCGGGAGAAGUUGAAAAAGUUUCAGGAGAACGAGAAAAAGAGGUAUAGAGCGGAGCAACAGAGAUUCGAAUUGAAGCAUUCCAGACAGCUCGAAGAAGUGAGGGCCCAAAGCGAUGCCACGAUCAAGGAACUGGAGCAAUUGCAGAACGAAAAGCGAAAGAUGCUAAUGGAACAUGAGACGCUAAAGUUGAAGGAACAGGAGGAGGCCUAUGGCAAAGAAAUUCGUGAGUGGAAAGCGCAACUUAAGCCUCGAAAACAGAAGAUAGAAGCUGAUCUGGCGGCUGAAAUGGAAGCAUUGGAAAAGCUCUACCAAGACUAUUUGCCUUCUUCUGGUCUUCUUAGUGGUCUCUCUUUUCCCUUUUUCGACUAUUCUAAAACCGUAAUUUCCGACACUUGGAAAAGAUCUCCACGCUUACCGCGCUCCACUCCUACCUCUCCGUCUUUCACUAUACCAAGAGUGUCGCUAAAAAUUAGUGCUUCUGAUGCGGGUACCUUUGCGUCAAACGGCACGCUCUCACGAAGUCACUCUAGAUCGGACCUAGUACCACCUUUUCGUAGUAUUCGUUCUAAAUCGUCCUCUUAAUAAUACGUGUCAUAUCGUGUGUCAUACGGACGAAACAUUUUA